AUAAAACAUAUGGUUUCUAUUUUUCACUCGUCGAGACAAGUCGGGCAGUAUUAUACCCGACACUAACAUUUCCUUUAAAUUCUGGAGGUCAUGUGUGCCAUUUAACAUCUGAAUUAAUCCUCUUGGAGCGCAAGAGACUGGCGGAUUUAAGUCUUUAAUUAGGCUGUGCGCCUAUGACCGGAAGCUAACUCGCUAGAGUGUUUUUUUAGCCUGUGCUUCAUUGGUGACACGGAGAAUGUUGCUUAUCUGACAGGACCUUUCUAGGCAUCGCUGCGUGUUGAGGGCGGCGCCAUCUUGUGGCGUGUGAGAAGAAGCGUCAUUGGUUUAUCACCCGGAAGUAAAAGUGCGCAGGUCGUCAUGGGGAGCAAAGUGAGCACCAAAAUGGCUGCUCCCACCGCCAGAGUUAUUCAGGCUGUGCGGCCACAUGCGCCCAUGAUCAAAUUUCCGAGCAGACAAGGCAUCCCUCAGCCCAAUGCCGAAGUAUUGAAAACAUUAUUAGUCAACAUCCCACAACCCAACAAUCCCAGUUUGGUGUCGGCUUCAGCUCCGCCACAAAUAUCAAGUCACGUAACUUUGCCGCCCAUCCCUGGCACACCUGACACCAUGGCAUCCAUUCAGCUACUCCCUGCAAGGUACCGCCGGAGACCACUGGUGGUAGAAGAGAUGGAGUACAUUCAGCGUGGUGGACCUGAGUGAUGGGACGCAUUUAAUUAACAAUAACUAAAGUCCUCAUCUAUGGAGGUCAUCAUCCUGAUGUAAUUUCCAUUCUUGGCGCACACAAGAGAGAGACACAAUGUAGAAUAAAAUAUACUAUUGCUUGCAUUUGUACAUAUUUUUAUUAUUCCAGAUGUGUAGAAGACCUUUUGAAGGACAUUUCUAAUGAACAAUGGAUGUUUUCUUGCUUUGGCAUCUUACACCAGACUUUUAUUUGCCUCAACUGACUUAACUCAAAUGCCAUUGCCAUGGCCUGUAUUUAUCAUACUGAACACUGAGUCAGUUUGUGUUUGUUCCAAUGCUGCAUCCAAGCCAUUAAAGCAAUAUUCUGUUGUGAUCUUCUAGUGUAUAUGAUGUAGCCACAAAACAAGCAAACGGUAUAUUUAGCAUAAAUGCAGUUAUUUAUUGUUGCCAACAUGCUCUCUAUGCUAACACUGAAUAUUCAAUAUAGUGUGACAUGAUCAUUCACAUCCAAGUAACAGGCUUAUAAACAGGGUGUGCUAGAAAGAAUUCCUCAAAUACUGGCAACUAAACGAGGAGACAGUAUUUCGAACAUUGGCACAUGUGACUGACAGAUUGUAUAAUGGAGAAAAGCUCAGAUUGUAGACCAUUUGCAGUUGUGAGGUUAGUCCUGUCAGUCUAAAAUUAAAAGUUCAUUU